UAUGACUUCUGAGUGUCAAUUCUUUUGAACACAUCGGGUACCUUUCCUGAGCAAUCUACCGUAUUCGUUUCACAAUGGCAACAAUGCUGCAGAAUCGUCCUGUGGACCUCAAUGGCCCUGAAGCUGCAGCAAGACAACACGCCCAAGCAGUAACCAGAAACUACAUCUCUCAACCGAGGCUGACUUACUCUACUGUCUCUGGUGUCAACGGGCCCCUUGUGAUCUUGGACAAUGUCAAGUUCCCCAGGUAUGCUGAGAUCGUCCACCUUACCCUGCCGGACGGCACCAAGAGGAGUGGCCAGGUACUGGAGGUGAUCGGCACCAAGGCUGUGGUCCAGGUGUUUGAGGGAACCUCUGGAAUUGAUGCUAAGAAAACGGCAUGCGAGUUUACAGGAGACAUUCUUCGUACGCCUGUGUCCGAAGACAUGCUGGGGCGUGUGUUCAACGGCUCAGGGAAGCCCAUUGACCGUGGGCCUGUUGUGCUCGCUGAGGACUACCUUGACAUCAUGGGCCAGCCAAUCAACCCCCAGUGUCGUAUCUACCCCGAGGAGAUGAUCCAGACAGGUAUCUCUGCCAUCGACGGCAUGAACAGUAUCGCCCGAGGGCAGAAGAUCCCCAUCUUCUCCGCCGCUGGUCUCCCGCACAACGAGAUUGCUGCUCAGAUUUGUCGGCAGGCUGGCUUGGUUCAGAAGUCCAAGGACGUGAUGGACUACAGUGCUGAGAACUUUGCCAUUGUGUUCGCAGCUAUGGGGGUGAACAUGGAGACUGCUCGCUUCUUCAAGUCUGACUUCGAGGAGAACGGUUCCAUGGACAACGUCUGUCUGUUCUUAAACCUGGCCAAUGAUCCCACCAUUGAGCGCAUCAUCACCCCUCGUCUGGCCCUGACCACAGCUGAGUACCUGGCCUACCAGUGUGAGAAGCACGUGCUGGUCAUCCUCACGGACAUGAGCUCCUACGCUGAAGCUCUGAGAGAGGUGUCAGCUGCCCGAGAGGAGGUGCCAGGUCGUCGAGGUUUCCCUGGUUACAUGUACACUGACUUGGCCACCAUCUACGAGAGGGCCGGCCGUGUGGAGGGCAGGAAUGGCUCAAUCACACAGAUCCCCAUCCUCACCAUGCCCAACGACGACAUCACCCAUCCAAUUCCUGAUCUGACUGGGUACAUCACGGAGGGCCAGGUGUAUGUGGACCGUCAGCUGCACAACAGACAGAUCUACCCUCCCAUCAACGUGCUGCCGUCCCUGUCCCGUCUGAUGAAGUCUGCCAUCGGGGAGGGCAUGACCCGCAAGGACCACGCCGACGUCUCCAACCAGCUGUACGCUUGCUAUGCCAUUGGUAAGGACGUGCAGGCGAUGAAGGCCGUGGUGGGAGAGGAGGCCCUGACCCCAGACGACCUCCUCUAUCUCGAGUUCCUGCAGAAAUUUGAGAAGAAUUUUAUUGCUCAGGGUCCUUAUGACAACCGGACGGUGUUCGAGACCCUGGACAUCGGCUGGCAGCUGCUGCGUAUCUUCCCCAAGGAGAUGCUGAAGAGGAUUCCACAGAGCACGCUCGCCGAGUUCUACCCUCGCGAGUCCGCCGCGCGCCACUAGAGCACCUUCCCUUCUUUUACCUUCUCUUACUUUACCUUACAUUACAUUACUCAGCACCAACAUGUCCAAUCCCCAAAACGACCCCAACCACCCCUGCCCAUGGCAGCUCUGCUGUGUCUUGGGUUGGGAGAAAGGGAGGACAACACCCAUACACACAAACAAUAUGUGUGGCACACACACACACACACACACACACACACACACACACACACACACACACACACACACACACACACACACACACACACACACACACACACACACACGCGCGCGUAGGUGUUCCCUCCCUUUCCUCUCGUUUGACUCCAGAGAACUAUGUUUAGUUGGUUGUGUUGUGCUGUGCAUCCAUGACUGUAAGUAGAUGUUUGCAGGCCUAUGUGCGUGUGUAUGCGAGUGUGCACACAAAAAAAAAUCAAAACAAGAGACAAACUAUUUCCUGUAUCUGUGUGUAUACCUGUCGUCAACACUCUCUUGCCUGUUUUGUUGUGCAUUUAUGGCUUUAAUUUUUUGUUUAUUUGUGUGAGAUGUAAAUGAAAUGUGUGAACAGAAGAUGUUGAUAUGUAUGGCCCAUCAUGGUUACAUUUGUGUUAAUUGUGCUUCUCUUUAUGUCACCCUCAAAUGAAGACUAAAAGUCCAACACAUUUGAACUAAAAGGGAACAUGUGUCCUGUCUCUUGCUCUUGCGCUCCAACUCUCUUGCUCCGUCUGUCUCUCUCUCUCUCUUGGCUCUACCUGUCUCUCUCUGCUCUGGCUCUACCUGUCUCUCCCUCUCUUGCUCAGGCACUUCAGAUGUACCUCAGCUCUUCCAGUGUAAUGGGAUUUUUUUUCUCCUUCCCUUUUUCCGUAAUGGUACACAUUGUGUAAAACAAAGCUCUUCCCUGCCAAGACCAUUCAUUUGAUUCUGAAUACCACAUGAGCAACAGCAAUAUUGUUUUGUCAUUUUCGUCUCCCUGGGACCACAUUUCUGUUCUUAAUUGAAGUAAUACUUAUGCGUAUCUUCUUUCCUUCUGCUUCAUCUUAUUUUGCUGUCUGUAUGUUUGUCUUUCUGUCCCGUUCAGACACCGUGCUGGUUUGACUGGAAACAUGUUUACAUAAGUUGUGCUCUGACUGUAGUGGGCUGUGACAAAAAAAGACACUGAGCAUUCCUUUGUCAUUACUAAUUCGUUAUCUGAAUUGAUUUGUCUGUGAUUCUCCUUUUAUUAUAUUGCCCCCUCCUUAAAAAUAAAUAAAUUAUAUAAUUCUCACAGUA